AGCAGCGUGUGGUUGACGUGUUGUUGCACGUCUUUUUUCUCUCUUUUUUUCCCCCCACAGAGCGGAGUGUUCAGGUGCUGCACGGUCAGAGAGCGCGAGUGGGAGUGUAGUUACGUCAUCCGGUCAAGUGUGUUAUUGGUUGUACAGUUUGGGAGAACCGGACCGUGCGUGGGAAACACUGAACGGAGGGGAGGCCAGGGCUCGGAAUACUAUUGCUCCCUGACGAACGUUUCGUGAGGAAAAAAAAACAGAACCCGUAUUUCAGAAAGCAAGCUAGGUGUUGCCCAAAGAACAAACGGGCGUGACAGAAGCUGCCACGGUUGUUGUUUUGAACUUUGCUUUUCAAAUUCGGCUUCUGUGCUCGGUCUACCUGAUGGAGUCCCAGAGAGAGACGCGGUUCCGACGAGAAGAGAUCAACAGUACCGUGUGGGAAGUGCCUGGGAAGUAUAGAUGCCUGAAACAAAUUGGGACGGGGGCGUACGGUACCGUGUGCUCGUCCAUAAACGAGAAGACCAAGGAGAAGGUGGCUAUAAAGAAGCUGCACCGGCCCUUCCAGUCCGAGAUAUUCGCCAAGAGAUCCUAUCGGGAGCUGCGUCUGCUCAAACACAUGAAGCACGAGAAUGUGAUUGGGCUGCUGGAUGUGUUCACCCCUGCCUCUAACUUUGAGGACUUCCAAGACUUUUACUUGGUGAUGCCCUACAUGUACACGGACCUCUCGAAGGUGCGAGGGCUGCUGUCGGAGGACCGCGUGCAGUUCCUCGUCUACCAGAUGCUCUGUGGACUCAAGUAUAUCCACAGUGCGGGGAUCAUUCACAGGGACCUUAAACCCGGUAACCUGGCUGUGAAUCAAGACUGUGAGCUAAAGAUCCUGGACUUUGGGCUGGCGCGGCAAGCCGACGCAGAGAUGACGGGCUAUGUUGUUACCCGCUGGUACCGGGCGCCAGAGGUCAUUCUAAACUGGAUGCACUACACCCAGACUGUGGACUUGUGGUCUGUGGGCUGCAUCAUGGGAGAGAUGAUCAAUGGGAAGACGCUCUUCAAAGGGAAAGACUACAUGGAUCAGCUGACACAGAUAAUGAAGGUGACAGGGGUGCCGGGACCAGAAUUCAUUCAUAAACUGGACAGCCAGGAGGCACGGAGCUAUGUGCGUUCCCUCCCACACUACCCCCGGAAAGACUUCUCCACGCUCUUUCCCAGAGCUAGUGUUCAGGCGGUUGACCUGCUGGAGAAAAUGCUGGUCCUGGAUGGCGAGGCUCGUCUCACGGCGGAGACGGCCCUGGCGCACCCCUACUUCGACGGCCUGAGGGACCCAGAGGACACCCCUGAAGCUCAGCCGUACGACGACAGCUGUGACAAUGCUACCAUGUCCAUCGAGGAGUGGCGGACGUUAUCCUAUAAAGAGGUGAAGAGCUUUGUCCCGUUUCCACGUCGUGACUCAAAGAGGCGAAACACGCUGUCGAUGUCAUGAAGACAACACCAAAGUGACUGCGAAAAUUCACUACACAAAUACUGACAAAGUCCUCACUCCAAUGCUAAAAGCAAUACAGCAGUACAAGUACUGCCCUCCCAUCAUGCACACACACACGCACACACACACACACAUACGCACACACACAUGCACACGCACACACACACACACACACACACACACACACACACACACACAAGGACACAUUUUCAAGGUCCUUUCCUUCUGCAUCCUGUGCCGCAGUGUGUCGGUCCCGCUGUUUCCCUGCUUCUGGUAGAAUUGACUGCAGAGGCUGGGUGGCUCAGACAGUGCAGAGCUGAACCGUACUUCAGUCUGGAGCACGGCUGCCACACAGUAACACCACAGCUGGCCUUACACGAGGGCAUCGCCACACAGACGGUGACUUUCUUCAUUCAUCAGAAACAUGUGGUUUACAAUGUGGCUGGGGUGGCUUGUUCGUUCUCUGUUGGGUUUACAGUGUGUUGCUUUUAAGCCACUUAUGAUGUAGUAGUUGUUUUUUUUUGUUGUUUUUUUCAUAUUAUUUUAUGAGACCAAGAGAGUGAGCUAUGGGAAUGAAUGUGUGUUUCUGCGUUUGAGUGAUUUUGAUGAUGAUUACAGUUGUUUUAGUAGACUAGGCUUGUUACUCUUCUAUUUUUUGUGAAUGGUGUGAAUCUCUGCUGUUAUUCAUGAGAACAGGCUUAAUGUCUUUAUUUCCAUUGUGGUUUUCAUAAAGUGCACUUAAACAAAUGUGGAAAGACGAUCACAGCAAUUCAUCUGCUUUUCAACUGUCUGUUUGGUAGACUGCUUAGUAACAGGAAAUAACAAUGCAAUAUUUGUAUUGUGGCCUUUAAAUGUAUAAUAUGGAGAAAUAUGGGAUCACACCCUUGUUGUUUCCCCAUUUCCUUUAUUUUUGAAUGUGCUGUACUUCAUAGUAUAUUGGAAAUCACAUAUAGUUUUCAAGAUCAAUUCAUCAUUCUCAAAUAACGGUCCAAAAUAAUUAGCUUAGCUGUUUUUGCUGCACUGUAGCUUCCUGUUAAACAUAGCUUUUGCUUCCCUCUGUUUCUGAAAGGAAAAUAUUAUAUUAUCAAUAACAAAAACAAAGGUGUGAUCACUUUUCCCCAUGUUUGCUGAAUCUGAAACUAUGCUAUUAAAAUAAAUAAAGAUAGGAGGUGAUACCUAA